UGCGUCCCCUGCUAUGUUGCCGUUUCUUUUCCGCCCGGGUCUCCUCAGCAGCGAGAGCGUGGAUUUCAUCAUCUGGGCUCACAAAAUCACCCAAAAAUGAGCGUCCCGGCUUUUAUCGACAUCACAGAAGAAGAUCAGGCUUCAGAGCUGAGAGCCUACAUUAAGGCUAAAGGAGCUGAUAUCUCUGAGGAAAACGCUGAAGGUGGACUUCAUGUAGAUCUGGCUCAGAUCAUCGAGGCAUGUGAUGUGUGCCUUAAAGAUGAUGAUAAAGAUGUUGAGAGUGUGAUGAACAGCAUCGUGUCUCUGCUGCUGAUCCUGGAGACAGAGAAGCAGGAAGCUCUCAUUGAAAGUCUUUGUGAGAAGUUGGUGAAGUUCCGCGAAGGAGAGCGACCCUCCCUGAGAAUGCAGCUGCUGAGUAACCUGUUCCAUGGCAUGGAUGAGAACACUCCAGUGAGGUACACGGUCUUCUGCAGCCUCAUCAAAGUGGCUGCCACCUGUAAUGCCAUUGCCUUCAUCCCCACUGACCUUGAUCAGGUGCGCAAGUGGAUCGUUGACUGGAACUUGAACACAGAAAAGAAACACACACUUUUGAGGCUGGUGUAUGAAGCACUGGUUGACUGCAAGAAAAGUGAGGCUGCAGCAAAAGUGAUGGUGGAGCUGCUGGGGAGUUACACAGAAGACAAUGCUUCACAGGCACGCGUCGAUGCACACAGAUGCAUCGUUCGUGCUCUCAAAGACCCCAACACCUUCCUGUUUGACCACUUGCUGACCCUGAAACCUGUUCGCUUCCUCGAGGGAGAGCUUAUCCAUGAUCUGUUAACCAUCUUUGUUAGUGCAAAACUAGCUGCGUAUGUCAAAUUCUACCAGAGUAACAAAGACUUCAUUGACUCUCUUGGUCUGUCUCACGAGCAGAACAUGGCCAAGAUGCGCCUGCUGACAUUCAUGGGCAUGGCGGUGGAAUUCAAGGAGAUCUCCUUUGACACCAUGCAACAGGAGCUGCAGAUCGGAGCCGAUGACGUCGAGGCUUUUGUCAUCGACGCCGUUCGGACCAAAAUGGUGUACUGCAAAAUCGACCAGACACAGAGGAAAGUUGUUGUGAGCCACAGCACGUACCGCACCUUCGGCAAGCAGCAGUGGCAGCAGCUGCACGACAGCCUCAGCUCCUGGAAGGCCAACCUGGCAACCGUCAAGACCAGCCUGCAAGCUCUGUCACCCUCUGCUUGAUUCCUGCUAAACCUGACCGUGUAGACUCAUGACUUUCGGCCUUCAAGAUUCCCACACUGAAAUCUCAGCAUUUUUAUUCACCCAAUAAAAAAAUUUAAAAAAACGGUGAA